CGACAGUGGUAGCAUAUGAUACGACAAAACUUUUGCCAAUAAAAUAAAUAAUAAAUAAGUAAAAAAAAUUAGCAAAUUUGUCCCUAAAAAGUUGAAAUAAUACACGGAAAAUGUUUAAAUCCAGUUUUGACAAAAAUCUAGAGAAUGCAACAAGCCACUUGCGCUUGGAGCCAGAUUGGCCUUCAAUAUUAUUAAUUUGCGAUGAAAUUAAUCAGAAAGAUGUCACACCAAAGAAUGCCUUCGCUGCCAUUAAAAAGAAGAUGAACUCGCCAAAUCCGCACACAGCCUGCUACUCGCUGCUGGUACUCGAGAGCAUUGUUAAGAACUGUGGAGCACCCGUCCAUGAGGAAGUUUUUACCAAGGAGAACUGUGAGAUGUUCAGUAAUUUUCUGGAGCAAACGCCACACGAAAAUGUGCGUCAAAAAAUGCUGGAAUUAGUUCAGACCUGGGCCUACGCGUUCCGCUCUUCCGAUAAAUACCAAGCGAUAAAGGACACCAUGACUAUUCUGAAAGCCAAGGGUCACACGUUCCCGGAACUAAAAGAAGCCGAUGCCAUGUUCACCGCCGACACGGCUCCAAAUUGGGCCGAUGGCAAAGUAUGCCAUCGUUGCCGUGUCGAAUUCACCUUCACGAAUCGUAAGCAUCAUUGUCGCAACUGUGGACAAGUCUUCUGUGGUCAGUGCACUGCCAAACAGUGUCCGCUACCCAAAUAUGGCAUUGAAAAGGACGUACGUGUGUGUGACGGCUGUUUUGCGUCCCUGCAGCGCCCAGCCAACAAGUCUGGUACACGAGCGGCGGACAGCGAUCUGCCAGCGGAGUAUUUAAACAGUUCAUUGUCUCAGCAAGUGCAGCAGACACCAGCGCGCAAGAGUGAGCAAGAACUGAAGGAGGAGGAGGAACUUCAGCUGGCCCUAGCGCUCAGUCAGUCGGAGGCGGAGCAGAAGAAGCAAAAACAACAACAGCAGCUGUCAGCUGCGGCUGCCUAUCGCAUGCAACAACGUUCGCCUACACCGGAGGCGCCACCAGCGCCCAAAGAGUACCAACAGGAGGAGUCAAAUCCUGACCUGGCUAAAUAUCUGAAUCGCAGUUAUUGGGAGCAACGCAAGAUUAGCGAGUCUUCGUCCAUGGCUAGUCCAUCGGCGCCAUCUCCAAUGCCACCCACUCCACAACCACAGCAAAUUUUGCCUACACAACAAAAGGGCACCGAUGAGUUGCAAAUUGACGAGUUUGCUGCCAAUAUGCGUACCCAGGUGGAAAUUUUUCUCAACCGCAUGAAAUCAAACUCCAGUCGAGGUCGUAGCAUUGCCAACGACUCCUCAGUUCAGACGCUUUUUAUGACGCUCACCUCCCUACAUUCUCAGCAAUUGUCCUAUAUCAAGCAAAUGGACGAUAAACGCAUGUGGUACGAGCAGUUGCAAGACAAGCUUGUGCAGAUCAAGGACUCGCGUGCCGCACUAGACGUGCUACGGCAAGAGCAUGUGGAGAAGUUGCGUCGCAUAGCCGAGGAGCAAGAGCGACAGCGUCAAAUGCAAAUGGCUCAAAAGCUAGAGAUCAUGCGGAAGAAGAAGCAAGAGUACUUGCAAUAUCAGCGUCAAUUAGCAUUGCAGCGCAUACAAGAGCAGGAGCGUGAAAUGCAGCUGCGUCAGGAGCAGCAAAAAGCUCAAUAUCUAAUGGGACAAACGGCUUCUUUUCCCUAUUUGCCACCAGGUGGAGUUGCAGGAGCCCCGCCAUCAGGACUUCACAAUUCCCCCUCGCAUCAGAUAAACUCAGUUUACAAGCCCUUCCCUGUGCAAGGCUACCCUACGCCAAAUGGACAGUUUGGUGUUCAUGGCGGUAAUCCCCUAGGCGUGCCACCGGGCAUGUAUAACCCAGCAAUGCCUAUGCCAAAUUCUUCGCCACAAUUUCAUGGAGCGCAACUGCCAAAUAUGCCUCAGCAGGCAGGCAAUAUGAUGGCGCCACCGCCCAAUGGACAAAUGCCAAUUCCUUCCAUGCCUGACAAUCAAAUGCCUCCCAGUCAAGCACACUUGCAGCAGCCCCAACCACAGGUACCACCCCAACAAUUACAAGCAGCUGCACCGCCAGCCCCACAAUUGGGUCACGUUAUGCUCCAGCAGCAAACGGUGGUUCAAUCACAUCCACCAAUUGUCAGCAACCCUCCACCACCCGCAGCACCACAGGUCGCUGAAAUUGCGAACAAUCAAGUACAGGCUGUGGCUGCAGCUCCAGCGCCACCUCAAAACGAACCCGAACCGCCGGCGAAGGCUGCAGAGCCUGCCACUGCCGAGCUCAUCAGUUUCGAUUAGACGACGAUGACACAUUCCAAGAGACAAUGUUUUAAGAAACCAUGUUCACACAACUACAAUUUAUAUUCUCUGUAUCCUUAUCCAAUGUUAUUUCGAAAUGUAUUAACCAUGUAUUGUAGUCAAAAUUCUAA